CCGAACAAAACAAACAAGAUAUUGGGAUUAUGCAUAUAAUUAACGUGCAUAAAUUAGUAAAUGUUUCAGUCACUAAAGUCUUAGGCUCUUGGCCUUGGUAGUCGAAUCUUUUCCCCGCCGCCCCCUAUUUGGUCACAGCUCGCACAUGAGACGUACGUAUCCCUCCACAUUACACGAAUCAAUAUUUUUUUGGCGAUACUCCCAAAUUUUCUAUUUCCGGUAUAAUCGAAAUCAUCAAGAAGACAGCCAAAGCACAAACAAAGUACGUACUGCGAACGUUUCUGCAUGGAUCGGGAAUGUUUUGCCGAAUGGGUCAAAGUAUAAAUGAAACAAGUAAAAUGGGCAUUGUUGUAGGCCUACCCAUAAUAUACAAUAAAGAAAAUAUGAGUUCAUCAUCGUCGACAGGGAAGAAAUCUAAUAAGGUGAUGAUUGUGAUGGUGGCGGUUCUGUUAGUGGUGUCGCUGAGAACUCAAUCGGCGUUGGGCGACGUAAGUUGGCUUUGCAACCCUGAUAUUUUCCAAAAUGACGAUCUGCGGAUUGCUUCGGUAGAUUUUCUGCUCAACAGAUUGGUUGGGGAUAACCAUCCGGGUGCAGGUUACCGGCACGUGAAUAUCUUGGGUGACAGGUUGAUUAUCUACGGUUACCGGUGGGUGGACGAGGGCGCGACGGACUGCAUUUCUGAUGCCAUCCAUGUCCUCUUGGGGAGCCAGUUUUGCUAUCAACACGCCGGAGGUCAAGCAUGGGGAGAUGGAUGUUUACUGAGGUACGAGACCUACCCGUUUCAGGUCUGAUAGUCGUCUGUCGAUCAAACUAUUUGUAUAUGUAUACCUUUCCCAUCAUUUAUGUAUAUGUUUCCUUUCACCCUUGGCUAGUUGCUUUGUAAAAGGGUAAAUAAUAAAACCUAAUGUAGCGGCCGCGGGGCAUGAAUGUAUAAGAGCCCGUGGAAGUGUUUUUCGGUGUCAAAAGCUGAAGCAGUAUCAAACAUCUCUAAAAUCUCAUCUUGAAAAAGUAAAAAAAAAAAAAAACG